AUGGAGGUCAAUCUGCAAUCCAUCGAAGACACCAACUUGCUCGAUCUGGAAAGGGCAAUCUUCGACGUGCUCAAGGCUACCCUUCGGUACCCAGCCAAUCCGCAAGCGAAAGCCGUCAAACUCACCGACGACAUCCGCUUCUUUAUCAACGCAGCCGAGCAAGGAGCGGGAAUUGGUGAUACCUUCUGGUAUGUCUGGGGUGUGGUUCUUGAUAUUGUCGGCUGUGUGCCACCGGGGCAUGUUUGGCAAAUCAGUCUGGUCCAGGCCCUGGACAAUCUUCGUCACCGUGAUGGUCCUAUCUCGGAAUACGACGAGCACCUAACCUCAUGGUCAUGGCAAGACCUCCCCGUCCUGUCGGCUUCCGUGAGAGAGAAAUGGGAUGAUUCGACCGGAACCGGCGAAGACGUAGGCGAGGAGGAAUUUGCGAAAUGGAAGAACUUGAACUCCUUUAUUGCUCGACUUACGUAUACCGGAUUUGCCCCUUGGCUUAACCUGCCGAUCUGGCAACUACGCGAGGCGCUCGAGGAACCACCAGUGAAAAGUGCAGCAAUGAAUUGCCGGUUGUGGGUGGCGAGCGAGUGGAUCCUCCAUUGCGCAGAUGUUAUUUACGAGGAUAUGAAAACAGGCUCUCAGCUCGGUGAGAGUACCGCGCGGUCGCUUAGGACAGGAUCGCUCUGCGACGGCGAAACUCCGCUGAGCCUUAAGCGAUGGGCUUUUUGGAAGAAGCGGUUCUCGGAGCUGAGGGCCGAUGCUGACAGUCUGGGGCUUGAUAGAGCCAUUACUACUUAUAGGAUGACGCAGGCCUUGGAGGCUAUGGACGCAGUUGAAGCAUAG